AUGAAACAAUUUACGGGAAUUUUUCACUUCUUUUGGAGGUUUUGUUAUAUUUAUAAUGUACAUGGUUUUAUGUGCAGCCCCAAGGUAAGUGUUUUUGUGUCAGCAUCUCAUUCAAAAGAAGGAUAUAAUUAUAAUACUGUCACAGUUGUUUUUUUGACAGAAGCAUUAAAACUUUUACUAGCAUUUGCUUGCUAUUUAAAAGACCAUUCACUACAUUCGUUAUGGAGUGAAGUUAGUGGAAAUAUGAAAAUUUUAUCUCUUUAUCUGGUUCCAUCAUUUUUAUACUGCAUUUACAACAAUUUAGCAUUCAUAAAUCUAUCUCAUUUUGAACCCACAAAUUAUUUUAUACUUCUACAAUUGAGGGUAGUCAUAACUGGAAUCAUAUUCGAAUUAGUUUUUAAUAAAAAAUUAUCGAAAAUUCAAUGGAUGUCGCUUGGACUUUUGACUUGCGGUUGUAUAAUACAACAAAUUGAUUGGAAUUAUUUUUUUAAUUUGUAUGAAAAUCAAAAUGCAUCCAUAAACAAUACUCUUUGUUCCUGCUUUGCCGGCGUUUAUAAUGAACAUCUUCUCAAACAAUCUGACACAAAUGUUAAUAUUUUUAUUCAAAACAUGUUCAUGUACUUAGAUUCAAUUUUUUGGAAUUUAACAAUACUCAUUAUUCAAGGUGAAACGGUAUCGGCAUUUUCCGAGGAAUCAUUUCGACCUAUUUUUCGGCCAUUAGUCGUGGCCAUUAUAAUAAACAAUGCAUUCGUUGGAAUAAUAACUAGUUUAUUUUUAAAAAAUUUAAACAGCAUAUUAAAAACGUUUGCAAGUGCAAUAGAAAUUUUACUUACGGCCGUUUUGUGUUGGAUUUUCUUCGGAAUCGAAUUAAAAUUAAACACGAUUGUCGCAAUCGGUAUAGUUUCCUAUUCGCUGUAUGUUUAUUCAAAAAAUCCUGUUGCGAAUAGAACCAAAAUUGUUCAUGAAAAAACAAACGAAGAAAAAGAAGGACAACUUCAAAAUGUUUAA